CGACUAGAUAAGAAUCCGAGAGAGAGAAAAAUACUUGGUUAAAGUCAAAGAGCAAUGAUGAAGCCAAUCAAGAAUGGUGACAAAAGGAUAUGGCAUAGGAGUUGCCAAUAAUUAAUAGCCCAACUUCCCUCACUUACACAAUUCACUUUUUUUAUGAGCAAACUUAAUAUCUCCAUCUGCAUCUUCAGUAUUCGCCAUCUUUAAAAACUUAGCUAUAUAUGUAUGUUCCAUCAAACAUACACACGUCUAAUAUUAUAAAUAGAUUUAAAAAAAAAAAAAAAAAGAAGCUAGAACUCUGCUUUUAAUUGCAAGGAAGAAGAAAACAUGAUGCAGCUAGAGAGUAAAGACUUAGCUUCUACCUUGCCUGUUCUUCCAAGAUUAGAUCGCCUGGAUUUCCUCCUGCAGGUUUUAGAAGAGAAACAUGGGCUGUCAGCAGUGGCGAAGCUAGUAAUAAAUAAUAGAGUCGUAAAGAAAGAAGAGGAGGAUGGUGAGCACUGCAGGACAGUGAGUCUAUCCUCUGCGUUGCAAGAGGUUCAUCACAAAGGCACACUUCUAGACCGCCUCACUGCACUCGAAAAUCGAGUUGUUAAGCUAAGCUUGGAAAUGGAAGAAGGGAACACAUCAAGGUCGAGCUCGUCCAAGUCAAGGAAUGGUUCAGUUACAAGGAAUGACAACGAAGACGAGAAGGUCAAUCUCAAAGAGAGACAGCUCCAGGAAGAAGCCACGACUACUGAAGUUACAUCUUUAAGUACUGAAAAUACAGAUAAAGAAGUUGUUGAUAAUGCUAAAAUGAGAAGGAAAUCAUACAGAAAAUGGGGCCUUGGUUGGCUUCGAUUGGGAUGUAAUUAAAAGUUUAAAAAUAAGAAUGUAAUUCAAUUCCAAGUACUUGCAAUUUGUUGUUUAAGCUUCACGUGUAUUGCUUGUGAUUCUAAUCCAAUCAUACAUGACAAGAUCCAGAAUUGAGACCUUUUUGUACUUGGAGAAAGUGAAAAUGGUCUAGAAUUUAUAUUGCA